UUUCUUUUUUAUAUCUAAAUCUAGUUUGCCUUUUAUUUUAGGUGUGAUGUUUUUUUAUUUAUUUUUUCUCAUCCAACAUUCUUCUUAGUUGGGAAGGUGAGAGAUGAAAACGAAGUUAGACACCAUUGAGUUUAGAUGAAAAAUAAGAAUGUAAAAAAAUAUAAUGUAUUUAGACUUAUUACAAGUCAUUUUUCUACCUAUUUAAACAAGCAAACUUUUAUUAUUUAGUAGCAAUACAUUGCAAAUUUUAAAAGCAUCAUUUAAGCAAAACAAUAUAGCUGAGGUACUGAUCGAUGUUGUUGUGGAUAGUUCCUACAUUCAAAUGUAACUAAAUUUGGUGCUAUUAUAUUGGAUUGCAUAUGACUGAUCUUAUUUUCACACAAUCAAAACUCUAGAUCAAUUAAAUUAAGUUCGCUUAAAAAGAGGUAAACAUUUGCUCCCACAUUUGUUAGGAUGAUCACAUCUUACACUAACUCCCGUGAUUUUAACAUUGUCUCGUAUGGUAUUGGAUCUAUUAUUAUUAUUGUGAAUGACAUGCAUGUUUUUUAUUUAUUAUAACAAGAUUGUUCGUGCCUAUGCAGAUGUAAAUGAUUCUUUCUUAUGAUAUUUGUUUUAUGAAUUAAGUCAAAGUAUAAUUGAACAAUCUCAAAAUUGACAACAUGCAGGAUCACCACUUUGAUGUUGUAACAAAUGUAGUUGGAUUAAUUGCGGCUAUUCUUGGUGAUAAAUUUUACCGGUGGAUUGGUCCGGUAGGAGCUAUUUUGCUUGCAAUUUACACUAUCACAAAUUGGUCUCGCACUGUCAUGAAAAAUGCAGUUUCACUCGUGGGACAAUCUGCACCUCUUGAAGUUUUGCAGAAACUGACAUAUCUAGUUCUACGGCACCCUAGAAUUAAACGCACUGACACAGUCCGCGCAUACACAUUUGGUGUUUUAUAUUUUGUGGAGGUAGACGUUGAACUUUCAGAAGAAUUACCCUUAAAAGAAGCACAUGAAAUUGGAGAGUGUUACCAAAAGCUAGCUUUCAAUAAUGUUAUUUAGCUAAAAAUACAUUACCGGAAGCAUACUUCUAUUUGACAUUCUAUGGGCAAAUUGACCAAAUUUAACUGAAUUUAUUAUAGUGUAUGAUUGUUUGGUAAUUAACUAUAAUUGUUCGGUAGUUUACCGAGAAGUGUUCCGGUUUGUGAUCACACUCAAAGAUCUUAUGCGAUCUUAUGCCUCGUGAUUUGGGUCUGAUUUUGCGCAUGUAGACAUUGAACAGAAGAAUUACCCCUUAAAAGAAGCACAUGAAAUUGGAGAUACUCUACAGAUAAAGCUUGAGAAACUUCUAGAAGUCGAAUGGGCUUUCGUUCAUUAGACUUUGAGUGUGAUCACAAACCAGAGCACUCGGUUUUCAGUAAACUACCGAACAAUCAUAGUUAACUACCGAACAAUCGUACACUAAUAAAUUCAGUUAAAUUGUGCCAAUUUGCUCAUAGAAUUCACAUAGAAGUAUGCUUUCGGUAAUGUAUUUUUAGCUAAAUAACACUCUUGAAAGCUAGCUUUUGAUAACAAUCAUCUUUUCAGAGGAGUUCUAUGAGCAAUCACCAUAAUUUUACUGAUCGAUAUGAAGUUUAGUGGAUACAUGUAUUUCUCGUUUGCCAAUGCAUGUAUUGAGAAUUAUAAAGCCGGAAAAUAUAAAUCAUGUGAAAAACACGGUUUCAAUUUGCAGCCAUAGUUCUAAUCAUAGUUUUAAAUGCAACUAACUUUUGUGAAUGUCACUAACUGUUGUGGCCAACCACAUUGAUGCAGCAUAUUGAUUAGUAUUUAUUAUACAAAUGUUUAACUUU